GACCCUACCACAUGCUGUAUAUGGGCGGGGGCUCUGCAAUCAUUCCGGUUAUUCCAGUGGUGUGAUGCCUCUUGGGAAAGACCAGUGGCAUGUUUUGGGGGCUAGCUGUUGCAAGCGGGGCAACCAGUGGAGUGGAAACGGCCCCAAAACAUUAGCGUCCAAUCUCGUCCAACAAGUUUUCGCUACCUGCACAAUCGUGUAUACACUGAGAUUGCGGUAAGAUUUCGCCAUCAUUCUGAAACGAGGUAUUUGUCAAGGGAUUUAAUAUCUAAAUCAACGAAUCUGUGUUAAGGGCGGGGUUGAAACUUAAAUCGAAAUGCCUGGGACCUACCGAGGACGUGAAUACUGUGAUUCGGGACCUGAGGUUUAAUAUGAUUCUAUAUCGGUGACGGAUGACAGCGAUCGUAAGUUCAACAAGCAUAUCAGUGUGUUUGUCUUUGGCUAACGACACCAAGGACAACGUGCCUGCGUUGUGUAGGCAACAAAAGUUGCUCCCUGUCGGCAUGCCAGGAUUGUGAAGGAUGGGGAAUAAGGACUCAAGACCCGUGUCGGUCCCCGUACACCGGCAGAGGGCCCGUACACCGCCUCAGAGUCAGGGCGUACGCCAGGGCACGCCCGCGAGAAACAGCCCGGGGAAGAGUCGGACUCCGCCGCCGAAACCGCCCAGGGCUCCCCGCCCGGAGAACAGCACCUCGAACCAGCACCACAGCCGCUCGCUACCGCUUCCCAAGAGAAGGGGAAGACACCACAGCAGCGGUAACAACAAGAACCAGAAAAACGGGCACCUUCCCAACGGAGCCGGCCGCUUCGGACACACGGGAAACCUGACUCGUUCCAUGUCAACUUUCGAGGUAAGCGGGGCCAUGACUCUGCCGAGGACCGUGAGCGACACCGCCCUGCUAGGCACGCCUCCCACCGCCGACAUGGGCACCAUCCUCCGCACCGAGAUGACCAUGUCCUUCCUCAGCAGAGGGAGGAGGGAGCUGGAGCUCGGCGGGAGGGCCAUGCGGAUCCUCCCGGACGCUUUGCUCUCCCUCUGGGACCUCCAAGUCCUCGACAUCAGCAAGAACAAGCUCCGACAACUCCCCAGCAAAUUCCGGCGACUCCGCAGCUUAGAGAGCCUGACCAUGAGCACCAACGAAUUUAAAACAUUUCCUGAACAGAUUACGGAUCUGGUUAAUCUGAUAAGCCUUGACAUGGGCUACAACGAGCUCAGAACUGUUCCCAAAGGAAUUUCCAGAUUAGCUCGGCUCGUGAACUUGAUCUUGAACAACAACAACUUCGCGGAACUUCCGGAGGAGGUGUUGUAUCUGAUUACGCUGGAGAACCUGAACCUGAGCUACAACGUGCUGGACGAGAUACCGGCGAAGAUUUACAGGCUGAGGCGGCUUCGCGGAUUGGAGCUGAACAACAACAACCUGACACGCUUCCCCCCGGGAGUCCUGGAACUGUUUAAUCUGGAGGUGUUGAACCUGAGUUUCAACAAGAUCGGAGUGGUGCCAGAGGACAUAUCCCGACUCAGCAACCUGAGCAGACUGGGGCUAGCCAACGCCGGCCUCACCCAGCUGCCCAGCGGCAUCUGCCUGUUGACGCUCAUGAUCGAGCUUGACCUCUCGGACAACCGUCUGUCGGAACUUCCCGCCGAAUUUUCCCGCCUAAAACUUCUGAGGAAACUGGAGUUACAGUGGAACGUCGUGGAAGAGUUCCCGGAACAGCUCUUACAGUUGAGAGGGCUGGAAGUCCUCUCGUUGCACAACAAUCGUCUGAAAUUUCUCCCGCCGGGAAUCGUGGGGCUGCAGCGGUUGAAGAAGCUGUGGAUCAGCAGUAACCGUCUGACGACAGUUCCCUCAGGAGUGUGCGAGCUGCCCGAGCUCGCCAGCCUACAUCUCUAUGACAACCAGCUCAUCUCGUUCCCACCUGGGUUCGAGAACGUCUCCAAUCUGCCCGACCUGCAGAUCUAUCCACAGAGAAGCAUCAUAUUUGGAUAGAAACAGACUUUUCAGUUGUAACAUUCUCCUGCGCAGAUCCAGAGCCUCGUCCACGGCCUGUACAGUAUACGUUCGCUGGGGAGGCUCUGCUAAGACCUACCUCACAUUUCCAAAUCGGGGCCCGGCCAGGCAGCAUUCGGGAAAAGUACGAUAUAAAAGACACCAAAGUACACAGGACGUAAAGAGUAUAUUAUAAAUCGUGGACAUUAUUUGUGUACACAUUUCUAUUUUCCGUUUCCACAAACAGCUCGACCGGGCUCCGAUUUGGAAAUGUGACGUUAGCCUAAACCAGGCUGACGUUUUAACUUUUGUGGGUGUGGCCAGCUGUCAGUUAACCAGUCACCUAAAACUUUCGGCAAAUCCGAUUAUCUGAUUAGAGGCCACGCCCCCAAAUGAGAAACCUCAACCUGGUUUAGCAUAGACUCUCCAAUGCAUAUGCCAUAUUGUAUAGGCCUCGGCUCUUUGUAGGAGGAUGUAGUUGUAACAGAACGGAUUUUCACAUGUCAAUAUCAAAGCAAUGUCAGCAAAAUCAGUAAUGCUUUUCAACCGCGCUGUUGCAAAUUUCAAAAAGAAGUUGAUUUAUCUUAACAUGCGCCCUCUUACAAGCAAUGUUUUAGUGCAUGUUGAAGGAUUUAACGAAAAUACCAUAUCAUGAAAGUAACGUAACUUCAUAUUCUACUGCACUAGAUUUCUCUAAGGAAGAAAAGACAUUGAGAAACUUGCAUCGAGACCCAGUAUCAUACAUUUCAUGUUGUCUUGUAUAUAGUGUUACAUUCCUUGAUAUCGCCAAAGACUGCUUUUUUUCUAUACAAUGUUAUUGUAAUAAAAGGCGUGAUGUGCUUUGAAUAAACUACUAUGAAUGGCA